GGUUAAUUAAGGUGCUGCGAGAAACCCCUUCCUGCCAGUCAGAGUGUUGCCAGCUCGUACCGGCGAGCUUAACUUUACCUGUUGAAACAGGGGCGCGCGUUCAGGUCUUGUCUCUCAGAGCUGGCCUUUGGCAUGACCGCAGCCACGUGCGGUAGGCAGCAGUGUAGGAUCAGUGAUCAAGACACUGACGGGAAAAACUCAACCGCCAGUUCGAACGACUUCAGUGAUCCAGUUUACAAAGAAAUUGCUAUAACCAAUGGUUAUAUCAACAGAAUGACCAGAGAUGAGCUCAGAAGUAAACUUGCAGAGUUCAAGCUUGAAACCAGAGGAGUGAAAGAUGUGCUGAAAAAGAGACUGAAAAACUAUUACAAGAAACAGAAGCUGAUGCAGAAGGAACCCAUUAAUGGAGACAGCUACUAUGACUACAUCUGUGUUGUUGACUUUGAAGCAACAUGUGAAGAAGGAAACCCACCUGAAUUCACACAUGAAAUAAUUGAGUUUCCUAUUGUCUUACUGAACACGCAUACCCUGGAAAUAGAGGAUACCUUUCAGCAAUAUGUGAAGCCAGAAAUUAAUCCCAAGCUUUCAAACUUCUGCAUCAGUCUGACAGGAAUCACCCAGGACAUUGUUGAUAAAGCUGAUACAUUUCCUCAAGUUCUGCAGAAUGUCAUAGACUGGAUGAGGCAGCGAGAACUGGGAACAAAAUAUAGCUAUUCCAUGUUGACAGAUGGAUCUUGGGAUAUGAGUAAAUUUUUGAGCAUCCAGUGCCGUAUUAGCCGUAUCAAAUACCCUUCUUUUGCCAAAAAGUGGAUCAAUAUUCGCAAAUCGUAUGGGAACUUCUAUAAGGUUCCUAGGAACCAGACCAAGCUGACAAUCAUGCUUGAAAAGCUGGGCAUGAAUUAUGAUGGGAGACCUCAUAGUGGACUUGAUGACUCUAAAAACAUUGCAAGGAUAGCUAUAAGGAUGCUGCAGGAUGGCUGUGAACUGCGGGUGAAUGAGAGAAUGCAUGCCGGACAGCUCAUGACAGUCUCCUCCUCAGCCCCCUUAGAGGGAGCCCCUGCUCCACAGAUGCCCCGCUACAGAAACUAGCAGUUUGGGGGUUCUGCCUUAGGAACUGCUCUCAGAUACCCGCUAAAGACUGUUAAGAGCUAAUUAAAUGGCCGCCUCUACCAACCUGUCUGCAAUGCAGAAUCUGAAAGCACCUUAACUAACCAUCUCUGUUGAAAUAAAAAGAAGUGUGGAAGCUCUUUGCUCUUUGAAGCCUGUGUUAAAACAUUUUUUUUUUUAUACUGAUGAUUUUUGUUGUUGUUUGCAACUUUUCUAGCAGUAAGGUUGAUAUGCAGAAUCCAGGCAAAGUGUUAAGCUUUUAAGAAUGUGUAAUUUAAACACAUGUAAAAAUUGAUUGGGCCUGUGUGCUGCUCUUCCACCCCAGCCUGUGGGUAGUAUUUAUUCACUAUGCCAUACUCUAAUGGUAUCUAGCAUCUGAUUAUUCAUUGCACACAAAUAAGACAUAGCUGGAAGAACUGAAAUAGCAAGUGGUUGGGCUGGCCUUUCCUGAUAAGGCAUUCUUCUACGUGUUCCUGCUAGUAACUUUUUUCUUUUUUCUUUUUUUUUCUUUUUUUUUUUUUUUUACAAAGUCUAGGAAAUGGAAGCAUGUUCAUCAAUUCUAAAGCAGUAGAGACAUACUGUGUUGUUUUGUUUGGUUUUUAAGGGUUACAUUUGUCUGCUUCCACAUCAAAUAGAAGAGCUGUGUAUUGAAUAAAAAUUCCAUUAAUGCAGUAUGAUGAUAAUUUUUUUUAACCUGUAUUUAAAAAGAGAAGGUUCUUCCGUUUUUCACUUUGAGGAUUGUAUCUCUUGUUCUUGCUACACUCAUAGCUGCACUUCAUUUAAUAAUCCACUUUUAGACAUUGUCAGCCAUUUGGACUUAAAAAUGAGUGAAGUAAAAAAAAAAAAAAGUUCAAAACAUGCCAGAUCACCAAAAUUUUGUGCUAUGUGGUUAUGUAAAACAAAACAAGAAGCUUCUCGUUCAUAGUUAGACCCGUUCAACUAUUUUCAGUACCUUCCCCUACCUCUGCCACCAUGAAGCUAUGCCUUUAUCUCAAAAUCUAACAUUGGAAGAUUAGUAUUUUAUUAGCAAAGGCCACAUCUAAUUACUAACAGCUACUUCUGCUUUCUUCCUUGGCCCCAGAUAAGAUGAUAUUCAAAAGAGGCCAAAGUGUUAAUUCGGCUGUUACAAAGCACAACAUUAAUGCGAUCAGCUUUGCAUUAGAAUGGCUUGUUCUGAAAAGCGGAAUGAUGUGUUUUGGUUGCUCUUAGUAAGAAAAAAAAAAAAAGUUAGUUUGGUAUCCGUGUAUUACGAUUUGUUCGUUCGUUCUGCCACUUACAUUUGGGAAACAAAAUAACUAAUUUGUAAUAAAGCUUUGUUGAGGACAUUCGCUGCUUGGCUAAUCAAACUCCUCCCAGCUCCCCUUGCCCUUCUGAGGCUUGAAAACUUUAUU